AAUCACAGGACCAAAAUGAAUAAUAGUGUGAAUCUCAGGGACUAACGCUUUCUCCAGUCUCCUCUCUCGACUCUCAGUUUCUCGCCACUCUCUUCCACGAACUCAAGCUCUCGUCAGCUAGUCUCAUCUCCGGUCUCUCACCUCCCGUCUCCGGUCUAUCAAGCUCUCGUCAGCUCAAGCACUCCCUUCCCUGCGCUCGCUUCGCCGGCGGCAGAAGCAGACAGAACCGGCAUCUGGCCCCUUGGGUGGGGUAGUGGUCGUCGUCUUCUUGCUUUUCACUGUCCCGGUCUCGCACCUGGUCUUCGUUGUCGCUCUCUGUCGUCACCGUCUCGGCGCGCCUUCUCCGCUAUCGUCGCCGCCGCGGGACUGGUAGUCGUCGUCGCUCUCUGUCUCGUCAUCGUCUCGCAUUCAAACGCGCGCCUUCCCUGCAAUCUUCGUCGCCAGCAGCAGAGGCAGCAGGUCCCGGUGAGCUGGUCUUCAUUGUCGUCUUCUUGCUUGGAGCCUUGCCGUCAGCUUCUCCCUGGCCGUUAGCUUCCUUUGCGCAACCCGAUUUGAGACAUUUAUAGUUUUAUACAGACAAGUGGUUCUGAUUUUGGAAUCAACUAUGGACAAAUAGCCAACAAUCUUCCCUCUCCAUCACGCGUUGCUGUUCUAAAACGGUUUUUCCGGUUGAACCACCGGUUGGACUGGUUGGACCAAUGAACAAGUGAACCAGUGAUUAAAGCGGUUUGAUGACCGGUCCGAUUUUCAGAACCUUGGAUUAGAGAGUCCCACACCUGCUGCUCAAUUGGCAACAAGGUGACUAACAGCCCGUUGCCAAGGUUCAUUUCUUGUUGCUGUGUUGAUCCCGUCCAUCGUUGCAAUUGCGAACAAUGAUGUGGAGGUCACCUCGCUUUUCUCAUCUUGUUGCUAGAUUCACUCAACUUCAUCCUAAGCAUGCCUCUCACCGUUACUACAACUUAUCCCGUUUCAACCCCUCACAAUCACAGGCUAUUUCUAAUCCCCCUCCCCAACAAAAACCUACACAUACAGAUGCACCAAAUCAUUAUAUUGGCCACAACGUUUCUAGGAAGGAUAAAAACAAGUAUCUUCUCACUACUCUUCUUGAUCUGAACGACACUAAGGAAGCGAUUUAUGGUGCCCUUGAUGCGUGGGUUGCAUGGGAGCAGAACUUCCCUAUUGCCUCUUUGAAACUCAUAUUGAAUGCUCUCGAGAAGCAACAACAGUGGCAUAGGGUUGUUCAGGUGAUUAAAUGGAUGCUGAGCAAGGGGCAGGGGAACACAAUGGGAACAUAUGGUCAAUUGAUACGGGCUUUAGAUAUGGACCAUAGAGUGGAAGAAGCACACAAAUUCUGGCAGACCAAAAUCGACACUGAUUUGCAUUCGGUUCCCUGGCAGUUGUGUCAUCUCAUGAUAUCUGUAUAUUACCGAAACAACAUGCUGGAUGAUCUUGUUCGGCUUUUCAAGGGAUUGGAAGCUUUUGAUCGUAAACCUCGAGAUAAAACCAUCAUUCGGAAAGUAGCAAAUGCAUACGAGAUGUUGGGCUUGCAUCAAGAGAAAGAGAGGGUACUGGAGAAAUAUAGCAAUCUCUUCACAGAAGAAGGAUCGAUUAAAAAAGCUAGGAGGAACUCAUCUGAGAAAAAAUAAAAAAGGUAGUCUUAUAUAGUCUUAUUUGUUGUCUUAGCACACCAGCAUUUUUGUAGUUGAUUGGUUUUGAUUUUGGACCGGUAUGGCUCCAAAGUACGGCAAGAACCAAAUUAUUUAGAGCUAAUACAUCCAUACAUAACUGGUAGUGUUAAAUUUAGGGUUGACAAAAACACUGCACAUGUUUCACCGAAUUCAAGUCGUGAUUGAAGCAUUGCCAAAGCGAAUUACCAUCAAAGAAAACAUUUAUAGAAACAAGUAAUCUGAACAUCAUCAAUUUUAUUAGUGAAUGAAACAACUAUUUUUUGUUUU